UGUUUCUUGUUCUUCUUCCUGAACCAGGGAGGAGCGUUCCUGAGGACGGGCUGCAAGGGCAGCACGUGGGGUUAUAAAAUCCAUCCUCGGGAGAGGAGCCGGAGAGAACAGGAGAAUGGCAGAAAUGUGUGACUCCAAGGACCUGGGGGACCCCGGCUUCAAGAGCUCAGCUGACUGUGUUCUGUCCCGUUCAGAGGAGGAGAUGUUUGGGGACAGGAGAGUAACGAAGAAAUACACUGGUCUACUCAGGGGCUCAAAGAUCUUGCCAGGGUGUCUGACGCGGGCCCAGCUGCCUCUACUUCUUCUUCUCGUCUCUGUGGGCUUCUUCCUGCUCCUGGUGGCCACCCUGGUUCAAGUCUCUAGCGUUCGCCAGUCACUGCAGAAAGAGAAGUGGGACCAUCAGCAGAGCCCCAGCCAAGUGGGUGUGUCUCAGAAGCCCCCACGAUCAGACCUGGAUGAGAUCCUCCAGCAGCUGACUUGGAUGAAUGCCACCCUGGCUGGCCUGUGCCGCCCCUGUCCCUGGAAAUGGGAACUCUUCCAGGGAACCUGCUACUUCUUCUCCCAGACCCAGAACGUCUGGAAAGAUGCCAUCUCGGCGUGUCAGAACUUGAGGGCCCAGCUGGUGAUCAUCAACAGUACAGCGGAGCAGAAAUUUCUGAAGUCUUGGAAUACGAAAAAUAACCAGCGCACCUGGAUCGGCCUCAGUGACCACCACAAUGAGGGGUCCUGGAAGUGGCUGGACAACUCCCCCGUACAGCUCAGCUUCUGGAAAGAAGGGGAACCCAACAACCACGGAGACGAGGACUGUGUAGAAUUAUACAGCGAAGGCUGGAACGACAACCGAUGUAGCGUGGAAAACUUCUGGACGUGUGAGAAGCCCUCGUCCCCCUGCCCUGGCUCCUGAGGGUCCAUGCGCCCUGCUCUCCACCUGCCUCUAGAGAUCAGGCAGCUUGGGCAUGCGUUCUGCUCCUUUCUCUGGCCCUUUCUUUCUGUUUCCCCCUCUGGUGAUUUGCCAUCCUCCUCCUGCAUGGAGGUCUUCGUGAUUCCGAGGGAGAGUCUGAGACCCCUUCUCCUCUAAGACCUGUCCCUCCAUAGGGUAGAGACCUCUCCCUUCUAUUGACGGACUCGACCCCCCCCCAGCCCCCCAUGACAUCCCCUUAAUAAAGUUGCACAUGGCAUUAUGUGCCCCAUGGAACGUA